AUGUCAUUUUAUGGUAACGGAGAGGGAAUUGUUUUAGGACAUAAAAUUACUGCUAAAGGGAUAGAAGUGGAUAAGACAACAAUUGAUCUUAUAGCAGGAUUACCCUCUCCCACUACUGUUAAAGGCAUUAGAAGUUUCUUAGGACAUGCAGGAACCAAAGUUACAGUGUUCAUCGAUCAUGCAGCCUUAAAAUAUCUCUUAGCCAAAAAAGAUGCUAGACCUAGAUUACUAAGAUGGAUACUCCUUUUGCAAGAAUUUGAUCUUGAAAUAAAAGAUAGAAAAGGUUCAGAAAAUCAAGUAGCUGAUCAUUUGUCUCGUUUGGAAGAUCCUCCUGAUGAGAUAUCAGAUAUUAGAGAGGAAUUCCCUGAUGAACAUAUUUAUAAAAUCACAACAAUUGUGAAUCGACCUCCUUGGUUUGCUGACAUCGCCAAUUACUUAGUAGGAGGAUGGAUCCCGAAAGAUUAUUCUUACGAACAAAGAAAAAAGAUCAAAAAGGAAAUGAGAUAUUAUUUUUGGGAGGAUCCUACUUAUUUAAAUUUUGUGCGAGAUGGCAUGAUAAGGCGUGUGUACCGAGAAAGAAAUGAACAACAUCUUAAGCCAACUUGCCAUGAUGGGGUACAUUUGGAGGACACUAUGGAGGGAGGAGAACAGCAGCUAAAAUACUUGAACCUGGUUUUUCCUGGCCCACUCUAUUUAAAGAUGCAAGAAAUUAUGUCACCACUUGUGACAAAUGCCAGAGAAGUGUUUGGAACUCCACGAGUUAUCAUAAGCGACCAGGGAACUCAUUUUGUAAAUAGACAAUUCGCUAGUUCGUUGUCUAGAUAUGGAGUAACUCAUAAAACAGGAACUCCCUAUCAUGCUCAAACAAGCGGGCAAGUAGAAGUAUCCAACGGAGAAUUGAAAAGAAUUUUAGAAAAGACUGUUGGUUCCUCUCGUAAAGAUUGGUCUUUAAAAUUAGAUGAUGCUUUAUGGGCCUACGGAACUGCUUUUAUAACUCCCAUAGGCACAUCUCCUUAUAGACUAGUUUUUGGAAAAGCUUGUCAUUUACCUGUGGAAUUAGAACAUAAAGCAUAUUGGGCUAUAAAAUUGUUGAAUCUAAAUUUGCCAGAUGCAGGUAAAAAUCGUUUGUUGCAGCUUGAUGAAUUGGAGGAGUUCAGACUUGAAGCAUAUGAAAAUGCUAAAUUGUACAAAGAAAAGACAAAAAGAUGGCAUGAUAAACUCAUUCGCCAUAAGUAUUUUAAAAUUAGAGACCAUAUUCACUAUUGUACAAUAGCCGAUUAA